AUGCUCAUUUUGAUCGACCAUGUGGCUAAGACCGCCACUCAGCUGCACGAAUAUGCCCCACUAAACAACAACAUGCUCAGCUCGAGUCAGGGCAACAUGCAGGUGUUGCCGAACCACAAUGUAUUUAUCGGAUGGGGGAACAAUGCGUACAUCUCCGAGCAUGACCAGAACGGCAACCUGCUGCUGUGGGGAUACAUUGAUAAGGAUAGGAUCAUGAACUAUCGCGCUCAGAAAUUCCAGUGGGACGGGAUGCCGACGGACGUGCCCGCUCUGUGGACUUAUUCUCGAUCGACCGAGCCGUUCUCCUCACUUACCUUGUACGUCAGUUGGAACGGCGCAACACGAGUGAGAUACUGGCGGUUCUACGGGGCGAUGAACAUGACGGGCCCGUAUGCGUUGUUGAACCAGGUGACGAAGAAGGGAUUCGAAACAAGUUACACCUUCCCGCACUACUACCCAUGGACGUACGCGGAGGCCGUAGAUCUCGAGGGCAAGGUGUUGGGCAAGUCGCGGCAUAAGUUUACGUUUACGCCUUCCAGGGAACUCCAACAAUACUGCGCGAACGACAUGUGCGAAAAUGCUCAGGCGUAUGGACUCCCUGGUGAAGAGGGAGCCAGCGCAUUCAUCCCUCCACUGGGUCUCACCACUGUGCCCUGGGUCGAUCCCGAGAACCCGGAAGCCCAUUACGACUGGGGCGAGUCUUCAGAACCGGCGUCACAGCCUUUGGAUGAAGCCAAGGAGACAUUGAAGAUUGCAUACGGUGAGCCUUUUUUUUACUCUAGACCGCAAGUGAAAGAUAUAGAAACUAACUACGGAGGGGUUCCCAGAUCGCGGAUGGUUUGUCCCUGUGCUGGCGGUUGGUGUUGCCGCGAUUGGGGUUUACAUGGUGGUUCGAAAGUGUCGACUGCAACGCCCUCAUGCCUACCCGGUGAAAGAGCGCAGAUCAUUCGAACCAUUGGACGAUGCUAUCGACGAACGAAAACAGCCGGACGAGAUGAGCGACAUGCCGUGGUGGCAUUGGCGGCGAUGGACCGGAGCAUCCGACGGACCACACUAUUUCCCCUUGAGGGAGCCAGAUUCGAGCAGGAACGAAGAUGUAUCCUAGGAUUAGGCUUUCAUAGCCUGACACCCUAUAUUACUUGUCUUACUUUAUUGUAA